GGCGAGGGGCGAGCGAGGCAGCGGCCGCGGCCAGGACCAUGGGCACUUUGCGGGAUUUACAGUACGCGCUGCAGGAGAAGAUCGAGGAGCUGCGGCAGCGGGAUGCGCUCAUCGACGAGCUGGAGCUGGAGUUGGACCAGAAGGACGAACUGAUCCAGAAGCUGCAAAACGAGCUGGACAAGUACCGCUCUGUGAUCCGGCCCGCCACGCAGCAGGCGCAGCAGCAAAGCGCCGGCACCUUGCAAGGCGAGCAGAGGACCAAGAGGCAGGCGAUUUCAGCCGAGCCCACCGCCUUUGACAUCCAGGAUCUCAGCCACGUCACCCUGCCCUUCUACCCCAAGAGCCCGCAAUCCAAGGAACUAAUAAAGGAAGCAAUCCUUGACAACGACUUCAUGAAGAAUCUGGAACUGUCACAGAUCCAGGAGAUUGUGGAUUGUAUGUAUCCGGUGGAGUAUGGCAAAGACAGCUGCAUCAUCAAAGAAGGAGAUGUGGGGUCCCUGGUGUAUGUCAUGGAAGAUGGGAAGGUUGAAGUGACAAAAGAGGGUGUAAAGCUGUGCACCAUGGGACCUGGCAAAGUAUUUGGGGAACUGGCCAUCCUCUACAACUGCACCCGGACAGCAACUGUCAAAACUCUCGUAAAUGUGAAACUUUGGGCUAUUGAUCGGCAAUGUUUUCAAACAAUAAUGAUGAGGACAGGCCUUAUCAAGCAUACUGAGUAUAUGGAAUUUUUAAAAAGUGUUCCCACAUUCCAGAGCCUGCCUGAGGAGAUACUUAGUAAGCUUGCAGAUGUCCUUGAAGAGACGCACUACGAGAGCGGGGAGUAUAUUAUUAGACAAGGUGCUCGAGGGGACACUUUCUUCAUAAUCAGCAAAGGGAAGGUGAAUGUUACUCGUGAAGACUCCCCCAGUGAAGAUCCAGUCUUUCUCCGCACUUUAGGGAAAGGAGAUUGGUUUGGAGAAAAGGCUCUUCAAGGGGAGGAUGUCAGAACAGCCAAUGUCAUCGCGGCUGAAGCGGUAACUUGUCUUGUCAUAGACAGAGACUCCUUCAAACAUCUAAUUGGUGGUCUAGAUGACGUUUCCAAUAAAGCCUAUGAAGAUGCCGAAGCGAAAGCGAAAUACGAAGCCGAAGCUGCCUUCUUCGCCAACCUGAAACUGUCUGAUUUCAACAUCAUUGACACGCUUGGAGUUGGAGGGUUUGGACGAGUUGAACUGGUCCAGUUGAAAAGUGAAGAAUCGAAAACGUUUGCCAUGAAGAUCUUGAAGAAACGGCACAUAGUGGACACAAGACAGCAGGAGCACAUACGGUCAGAGAAGCAGAUAAUGCAGAGCGCUCAUUCGGACUUCAUCGUGAGGCUCUACAGGACGUUCAAAGACAGCAAGUAUUUGUACAUGCUGAUGGAAGCCUGUCUAGGUGGAGAGCUCUGGACAAUUCUCAGGGACAGAGGUUCAUUUGAAGAUUCGACGACCAGAUUUUAUACCGCAUGUGUGGUCGAAGCUUUUGCCUAUUUGCAUUCCAAAGGAAUCAUCUAUAGGGACCUCAAGCCAGAAAACCUCAUUCUGGAUCAUCGAGGUUAUGCCAAACUGGUCGAUUUUGGCUUUGCAAAGAAAAUAGGAUUUGGAAAAAAAACAUGGACUUUUUGUGGAACUCCAGAGUACGUAGCCCCAGAGAUCAUCCUGAACAAAGGUCACGACAUUUCAGCAGACUACUGGUCACUGGGAAUCUUAAUGUAUGAACUCCUGACUGGCAGUCCGCCUUUCUCAGGCCCAGACCCCAUGAAGACCUACAACAUCAUAUUAAGGGGAAUUGACAUGAUUGAAUUUCCAAAGAAGAUUGCCAAAAAUGCUGCUAAUUUAAUUAAAAAACUAUGCAGGGACAAUCCAUCAGAAAGAUUAGGGAACUUGAAAAAUGGAGUAAAAGAUAUCCAAAAGCACAAAUGGUUUGAAGGCUUUAACUGGGAAGGGUUGCGAAAAGGGACACUGACACCUCCUAUAAUACCCAGUGUUGCAUCUCCGACAGACACAAGCAAUUUCGACAGCUUCCCUGAGGACAAUGAUGAACCACCUCCUGAUGACAACUCAGGAUGGGACAUAGAUUUUUAAUGUAUUUCUUUUACCUGCUUCUGCCUUGCUGAAGACAGCUUCCUGGGACGUGGCUGCCAGCAGAACUGAAAGAAUUGGGGAGGAUUAGUGCUCGGGGUCACCAUGAUGCCUUGAUUGAUGCUGCUACAGUAACUACAGUGGCAUUAGGACUUCUUGCUUAGAUGACAAUAGUGCUCUUCAUGUUUUAUGUUCAAACUUAAAUAGCAGUUGACAUGGUGGUCCUGAUGCAAAGCCUUUCACCGGUAAAGAGAUACGUUUUCUAUCACUGCAACGAUCUUGCUAUGCUCUAAUUAUAAAAGUUGAAAGAUUCCUAGUGUAAGAUGCACUUAAUUCUAGCUGCAAGGUACUGGCUUUUAUCAGUAGGAUCAAUAGUAAUUUAUUAAGUACUGUAGCUAAGUGCAGUACAGGAUUUGAGCUACUCCCACAUGUCAAGCUCUGUAGGUCUUCUACUGUUGGCCAGUGUAGAAACAAAGGAGGACCACAAAAACACCGGUCAAAGAGUUCGUGUCAAAGCAGUGGUAAGAUUUGUCCUUUUUCUUUCCAAGCAGUAUUCAUGACAAGACUGAAUGUUACCGUUCCUCUUUUAUUUUGAGAGAGAGAUUUUUUUUUUUAACCUGACGUAACAAAAAGCACAACUGCUAUAGAUUCUGUUGAGAACUGUUAAGGCAGAUAUGGGUCGCUUCUCCCGUACAGCUGAGAACAUAGCGUAACACAAGGGGUUUUUUUUUUCCUUCUUUCUUUUUUGGUACAAAUACAUAAUUGCAUGGAAAAAAAGAAUCAUAAAGUUAUCCGUUUUACAUAUAAAAUAGCGCUUAAAUAAUGGUCCUAUAAUAAAGCGACAGCAGCCAACUGGUCUUAUUGACUAGCUAUUAGACAUGAAACUAAGCUUAACUUUUACCUUUUUAGAACCCAAAGGGAAAAUACAAGACCCGUAAUGUACUUUAUAGGUGCUAUGUACAUCCGUCAUCUGUGAACAUGCCUAUUCAGUCAGCGACCAUUUCAGAAAUAUGUAGCAAGAGGCAUCAUCUUCCGUCACGCGCUAAGAACAGAGAACUUUAAGUCUCCAUUUCUGCAUCUCGUCCACGUUUACUUCAAAGCCAAUUUAAAAAAAUAAUAAUAGUAAUAAUAAUGGAACGUACGGUACGAGGCCAGUGUGCUGCCUCCGCCUGGAAGCUUGCACAUCGAAGUGCAAUUUGAACGCCGCACCAGAGUAAGUCAGAAGGUGCUCCACAGAAAAGUCGGUGGGAUUAAAAGGAAAUUAAAAGGAAAAAUGCUAUUAGCUUAACGCAGACAGGUUGCGUUUGCCUGAGAUUUACUGCUCUGUGCGUCUCCGAAGUACCAAGUCCUCAGUGACCACGCUUAGGCAUGGUGAUGGCAAGAGCUGAAGCCCCUCAUAUAUAUAGAAAAAAAAGGUGGGAAAAAUGUGGAUAUGGCUUUCCUCUCAUUUCCACCGCUUUUCUGCAAGAGCAGCUCCUUUGCUUUAGUGAAGUCUCUUCUGACUUACGCCAAAGUAACCAAAACACCCUGUCCUCUAUGCCUACUCUGCCGAAACCUCCUUGUACUCGUGCCUGCCCCGAGCUUAGCAGACACUGCCCCGUUUGAUCGCAGGGUCAUCGAGAGCUAUUGCAGACGACGGGAAGUCGACAGCCCAACUUUCUGCUAGUCGCAACGGGUUAUCUCCUGUUCCCAUCGUGACUGCGGUUCAUCCCUGACGUUUCGGUAACUCCUGGGAAUUGUCGGCUUGUACGGCGCCGCGCGUCCACGUACGCGAGGAAUUUCCUUGCAGGAGGAUUCCUCCCAAAGGAUAAGAGUCUGGGCUUUGACUUUGUUCCCCUGAGUUUUACCCCAAAAAGGGGAGCGCUGAGAAAACACAUCUGUUUCUCUGAUGCUAAUUCCCAACGCUUUUCCAGUUUCCCGGCGCGAGUGACUUGCGCAGUCUUAACAGACCAUGCUAAAAAGAUAUUUUUCUCCACUUCGUUGACAGGCUCAGCGGUAUCUGAAGUGUGCCGAAGAGCUCAAAUAUCGCAGACUCCCUUUAAAAACAGUCUGUUUCCCUGAAUUUUCUCCAUGCUUUAAUAGACGAGCGAGUUAGCAUCUUCAGCACAAUAACUCCCGGUUAUUUCUGCUAUUCAUUAAUCACGCGUGGCAUUGUAGUAACAUCUGUCUGCCUUGAAAAGCCUAGGGAAAAGACGGUAGUCUACCGGGAAUUCCUUGCGUAGGGUAAAAAUAUACACUUAGUUUUACACGUUUAUCUUAAGGAUCGAAAACCCUGCCUGCAAGCAAAUACUAAAUACUAGGGCUAAAAUAAUUGCUAGGCAUCCUCCCAAAGGAGCAGUCGUUAAAGCUGAACUCUAUUCGUGUCCCCCCCAUUUCUCAGUGUCGUGGCUACAUUAGACAAGAGAACUUGUUUCCUUUGAUACCUUUGUGCAGAAGAGGAUUUUGUUUCCAUUCCAGAUAUCGCAAUAUUUAGCACUUGAGGUUCAGCUGGCGUCAAGCAAGGGCUCGCCACAGGGAAAAGAGCAUUACAGUGUUUUUUUGGGGGGGAGGAGAGAACUGAAAACAUUGCAAGAAGAGCGUUUUAAAACUGGGCUAAGGAGUUACUUUCUUUCUGCCUAUCAGUUUUUCCUUAUGCCACAUACAGUAAUACCGGAAUCACGUGGCACGAACAUGAAUUUAUUUUGGUAUCAGACACCUCACUCAGCUUUCGUCACCUUUACUAAGCAUACUUUAAACAUAAUUAGCGUAUGUAUAUUAAUAAUAUACGUCUUCAUUUACGAGUAAUAUAUUUGAGUUGCAUUUUAUAUAUAUAUAUAUAUAUAUAUAUAUAUUCACAACAACUGAUUGCCUCUGUGUUUCCACAUACUGUCUUUCCUUCUUUGUCUCCUUUUUUAAUAUAUGGGACGACGGUGUAUUUACAUAAAGGGAAAUCAGCUACCAUAUUUAAAACAAAAAAUGUGUUAAGAUUGGUGUCGUAAGAUACAGAUGAUCUGUAGCUUCUUACAGUGCUGCAUUAUCCAUAGUAAACUCUUAUUUAACAACAGGACCACAAGCAGAUGUUUAUGUAAAUAGAUAUUUUCGUGUUGAUAUUUUGUGGUACACAUGUAACUUUUUAUUUAGCGUUCCAUGGCAUUAUUUCUUCAUUUUCUUAUUUGUAAUGUAAUGUUUUUAGAUCAAAGUAGACUUGAAUUAAUGUCAUAAUUGUCAGUAUUAUUAAACUUUCUGUCAACUGUACUGUUACUCAUCUGUCCCAUAGUUUUAGAACAUGACUAGCUAUCUGGCAUUGUUGCAAGUGCCUUAAAUUCAUGGCAUCCUAUAAAAAUACAAAUUUGGUGUUAUGCUGCAUGACAAAGACAAACACACCUCAAAAUGUUGUCCUUUCUUAGCUUGCUGCGUUUUACAGUUCUUUCUGCUACCAAUUUCUAAGCCUUUAUUAUAUACUAUUGAUGAACUACAGAAAUGAUGAAGUUGUUCUCUUAUUUCUGUUAAAUGUACCAGAGCUGUGUAUCUGUUAAUGAGAUACAGAGUCAUUUCUGUGAAAUGUAUAAAUGUAUGUGCGGGUCAAAUUAAUAUAUGACAUCCUAUCAGUCUGUAUACAGGUAUUCCUGUUUUGCUAAGCUGUGCAGAUUUAACCUAUAGUGCAGUAACGUUCCAACGUAUCAUGUUUUCUAAACCUCAUUGUAAACGGUCGGCCCAGAGAAAGGAUUUAGCAAUUCGGUGUCAUCGCGGCCAAGCAAAACUGCGUUUGGACGCGAAACCAAUGACUGCGAAAAAGAUAAAUUUAAGGAAAAAAGGGGAAAAAAAAAAGAAAAAAAGCCGCAUCGCGUUUGCACCACUCAACAAAACAGGAUCAGUGCUUUCCAUGAGCCCUUCUAUAUGCAAGUAGGUCCUUACGGAGGCAAGCUCUCGGCCCACCUAAAAGCUAGCCGUCAAAAAUGUUACUGCUGCUGCUUCCUCCGCAGCUGCCCGCAGCGUAAAACGGAGCGCUGAGACUUUUUAACGGUUUCGGGCUUUACUGGCAAAGGGAAAUGUCAUUCGGAGUCGCCCAUCCUACCGGUUCCGCUCGAUGCUGGUUUUACACUGGUCACUUAUUUUGUAUUCUUACGCCCCUAUUUCCCCCUACCCCCCCCCCCCCGGCCUCUUCCCACCGCAGAUUCUGCAUAAAAGGGUUUUUUCUUUUUUCCUGUUUGUCAGAAGACGUCCAUCAUCGAAUGGUCACUGACCAGUUGCACUCUUUUGAUGUAGACUUAAAAACCUGGGAUUUAUGUUUGUUUGUUUGUUUCCCCAUAAAUUGAACCGCUUUGGUUUCGCUCUGUAUUUUCCCCGCAGCUGUAAUUGCUGAGUGCCUGUUGUAUACUUUAUAGAGUUGAAAUAAAAAUAAUUACUUUUGAA